GCGCCUCUCUCUCUCUCUCUCUCUCUCUCUCACACACACACACACACACACACACACUCCGCAGCGCUGAAACACACGCUGUUCUACUGGAAAGGAGACGAGGAGGGGAAGAAAAAAGGAGGAGUGGAAGGAGAAGGAAAAAAGCAGAAAAGGGGAGAAAACCGAAAGUUUGCGCGUAAAACCGCGGGGAGAGAAACUCGGGCCGCAUCACCGCCGGAUGGGACGAGAAGUUUUUAGAAGCUGACUGCUGACGUCAUAAAUAUCUUUCAAAAAGAAAAGAAAAAAACAACAUUUUUUGUUCUAAAGGAAAAAAAGAACAAAAGAAAGAGGCGCAAACAUGCCGAAAACGAUUAGUGUUCGUGUGACUACCAUGGAUGCGGAGCUGGAGUUCGCCAUCCUGCCCAACACCACGGGGAAACAGCUUUUCGAUCAGGUGGUGAAGACCAUCGGUCUGAGGGAGGUGUGGUUCUUCGGCCUGCAGUACCAGGACACCAAAGGCUUCCCAACCUGGCUCAAACUCAACAAGAAGGUGACAGCGCAGGAUGUGCGUAAGGAGCCCCUGCUGUUUAAGUUCCGAGGGAAGUUUUACCCAGAGGACGUCUCUGAGGAGCUCAUCCAGGAGGCCACACAGAGACUCUUCUUUCUGCAGGUGAAGGAGGGAAUCUUGAAUGAUGAUAUCUACUGCCCCCCUGAGACGGCUGUGUUACUCGCCUCGUACGCUGUCCAGGCCAAAUACGCUGACUACAACAAAGACAUACACACACCUGGAUACCUGUCCAAUGAUAAGCUCCUCCCCCAGAGAGUGUUGGAGCAGCACAAACUGAAUAAGGAGCAGUGGGAGGAGCGAAUUCAAGUGUGGCAUGAGGAACACAAGGGCAUGCUCAGGGAGGACUCCAUGAUGGAGUACCUGAAAAUUGCUCAGGAUCUGGAGAUGUAUGGAGUAAACUACUUCAGCAUUAAGAAUAAGAAGGGCACGGAGCUGUGGCUGGGCGUUGACGCACUCGGACUUAACAUCUACGAACAAAAUGACAAGUACGCACCCAAGAUCGGUUUCCCAUGGAGUGAAAUAAACAUCUCCUUUAACGACAAGAAGUUUGUCAUCAAACCCAUCGAUAAGAAAGCACCGGACUUUGUGUUCUGCCCUCGCCUGCGCAUAAAUAAGCGCAUCCUGGCCCUGUGUAUGGGGAACCACGAGUUGUACAUGCGGCGCAGGAAACCUGACACCAUCGAGGUGCAGCAGAUGAAGGCUCAGGCCAAAGAGGAGAAAAACCACAAGAAGAUGGAGAGGGCCAUGCUGGAGAAUGAAAAGAAGAAGAGAGAGCAGGCAGAGAAGGAGAAGGAGAAGAUCGAGAAGGAGAAGGAGGAGCUGAUGGAGAGACUGAGACAGAUCGAAGAGCAGACCAAAAAAGCUCAACAAGAUCUGGAGGAGCAGACUCGCCGAGCUUUGGAGCUUGAGCAGGAGAGAAGAACCGCACAGGAAGAAGCUGAGCGUCUGGAGAAAGAAAGACGGCUUGCAGAGGAUGCCAAACUCACCCUACUGCAGCAGGCUGAGAACCAGAUGAAGAACCAAGAACACCUGGCCACUGAGCUGGCUGAGCUUACCUCGAAGAUCUCUCUGCUUGAAGAUGCUAAGAAGAAGAAGGAGGAGGAAGCUACUCUGUGGCAGCAGAAGGCCACCGUGGUUCAGGAGGACCUGGAGAAGACGAAGGAGGAGUUGCAGAAGACGGUGAUGGCGGCUCACGUGCAGGAACCUGUUCACGGAGAGAGCGAUCAUGACGAGAGCGAUGAGAGCAGUGCGGAGGCCAGCGCCGAACUCACCAACGGCGCUGCGUACAAGGACCGCAGCGAGGAGGAGCGCAUGACCGAGGCCGAGAAGAACGAACGUGUGCAGAAACACCUGCAGGCUCUGAGCACGGAGCUCGCUAACGCUCGUGACGAGACGAAGAAAACGCAGAACGACAUCAUCCACGCGGAGAACGUGCGAGCCGGGCGUGACAAAUACAAGACGCUGCGGCAGAUCCGCUCCGGAAACACCAAACAGCGUAUCGACGAGUUCGAGUGCAUGUAAACACCUGAUCGGCCCGAGCGGCCAGCAGGGGGAGCCACAACCUGCCCACAACUCCACAGCUCUCCACACCAAGCACAGGCUACACAUUAGAGUGAACGGGGAAUAGAGACACAUUAUGGGGCUACUGGUUCUUUAUAAGGGAGAUUACUCAUCUUUUGUAAUUUGUCUUUUUUUGACCUUUAUAAUAAUAAUAAUAUAUAUAUAAACAUAUAUAAUCUAUAUUUUUUGAAACUGCAUGAUCUGAUCUGUAGUUCUACUGAUUUGAGAUUUGAAACGAUCCUAUCGAUCACAUUCCCCAAACAAAAGGUCGCUUGCCAUUUUAUAUACAAAGUGCCAUCGAUGUAAGAUUUCCUCUUUUUUUUGGGUAUACUGACAUUUAUACAUCAUAACUUCACCCUAUACAAUCAGCACAAUUAUCACUGAGUAGCAGAAAAGCUUUAAAAAGGGCUUGUAGCUAAUUUCAUGCUUUUUUUUUUUUUCAAGAAUUGUGACAUCAUAGUUCUCUUCUCGUUUAAACAGUGUUAUCCAGUUCCACUUAAUUUAUGCCGUUAUAACGAUCAUCGUUCGUGCCAAAUCAGUUUUGCAUUGUGUGUGUGUGUGUGUGUGUGUGUGUGUGUGUGUGUGUGUGUGGUCCCCAUCGACGCCCCCUGUGACACCAGCGCAGGUCUGUGGACACGCCCUCUCUGAUCGUCAAAAUGCAAUCGAAUUUACAAGAAAACUGUAAUUUUUUUCGACCGUAGUUUUUAUUUGAUCUUUUUUGCUAAUGUUCAACUUUUUUUUUCAAGACAUGAAACUUUGCAGUAUUAUUUUAAAGAAAACUUUUAAAAAUAAACGUUUUUUUCUCGUAGAUUUUAGCGUGAUGUGGCGAGUGUAUGCUAUUUAUACACGACGCCUCUGUAACACGUUACCAUGGUUCCGUGGGCGAACGCAGCGAGAAACCUGGGCUUUUUGAUAUCUUGGGUUUAUUCUUCUUUAGCUCCUGGAUAAUCACGACUGUUAUCGAUAUGUAGAGAUCUGGGGUUCGUUUUAUCUUUUGUUUGCAGCUGCUCUGGUGCCGUGUGCCUUCUGUUUAGCCAAUCAAGAACAAGAAUAUCUGCUUCGAAUGUCUUCAUUUAAACUGUCAAUAAAGUAUUACAAAAACACA